UGGGAGAAAUUAUUUUUUAGAGCUUGGAAGGAAUGUUUGGAAGUACAGUUAUGUAAGUAGGCAUUAAAGACAGGCAUCAAAAAAGUGGUUGAUUUAAAAGGAAAUGUUUGCUCUACCAUAUUUCUUUCCUCUUUUCUUUAAGAUUAUAUUGGUUGUGAAAUUAUGAUUGGGGCGGGAAUAACAACAUUUUUAAGUAGAAGAGUAUUUUUGAUUAUUAAUUUUUUUAAAGAGAUUUGUGUGUAAACGAGACUAAAGUUUAUUAAGUGUAGAGAAAUUUAUUUUAUGUUUAAAUUUCUCAAUAAAAUUAUAGAAAGCUUUCUUCUCUAAUACAUAUCUCUCCUUCAUUUAAUUUUUAAAUUCUUAAAUUUUUUUCCUUUAAUUUUAGUUUUAAAUUACAAUUCUAACUUUUUUAGCAUCCAUCUCAAAUCCUAGGGAUUUUUGUUUUAUUGAAGAGUUACUUUGUGAUUGGUGCCUUAAUUCUAGAAUGGCUGCAACUGGUUAUGAUUCUUGUCCAACAAUGAAUGAGGAACUUCUUGGUGAUGAUUCUGCUUCCUUUAGCUGCUCUACUUUAGCAGCAUCUUCCUCAUCUUCUACUAAUAAUGCAUCACCUCAAGCUUCCACAAUCUCAACAAAUAGUAGAAAUCUUAACAAAUGCUCAGCAGCAAAUUUCCAAUCUUCUUCGACUCUUAAUGACGAAUCAUCUGAUAGAUCAUCUCUUUCAGCUGCGUCUUUACAAUUUAUGAUGGAAUCAUCGGCUGCCUCUGCUAAUAAUAAUAAUAAUAAUCCUGGAUCCCAGCAGCAACAUUUUCUUGGCAUUCAAUCAUCUAUGGCGUUCCUUGCUUCAUUGUUCAAUCACGGUGCUACAGAAUAUCCCCAAACUUAUUUGCCACCAUUGCCUUCAGCAUUUUCGUUUCUUUUACAAAAAGCAAAUCAACCAGCAGCUUUACAAUCACCAUCAAUAAUGCCAGCUGGAUUUCCUAAAAUAAUGGCCAGUUCAAAACCUAAUUUACCAACAGCAGUUUCUCCAACAUUUCCGUUGUCUCUUCCUCCACAAUUUAAUACUCAAGCUUCUCUUGAUUUGCAACAACAGCAGCAACAACAAUUAGCAAUGACUUGGCAUUCGCAACUACUUGCUCUAAGUUUUCUCAAUUCAAUGCAGCAACAGCAACAACAAAAUGGAUUUAUCUUUCCUCCUCAACUUCCAUUAAAUUCAGUUAUUCAGCCAUCUAAUUUUGAUCAACAGCAUCAACAAUUACUUUCAUCUGCUUCUUCUGAUGACGAAGCAUUUUCUUUACUUUUCGGACAAAGAUUGCAACAAAGAAAAUAUUCUCCGCCAACUUCAAAUCAAACAUUUCUUUCGACGGGUAGUAUUGAAGGGAGUAUUAAAAGUGAUUUUCCUAGUCAAAAAAUUGGUGGAGAUGAACAACCAUUGGAUCUUUCUGCCAAACCAAGUGCCUUAAAGAAUACGAUUGGUAAAACUUCUUGCCCUCCUUGUUUAAAAAUGAAUAUCUCCGAUGAUGUUUGUUCUCCACAUUUAAUUAAGGGGAUUUUAUCGCAACAAAUUCGAGAAUCUCACGACUUGGAUGAGGAAAUUGAUCUUAAUGAAAGUGGAAAUACAAAUAGUGGCGUUGUACUUGGUGCAAUCAACUCCAAUUCGAAUUUGCUAGAAGAUGGUAGUGAAGCUGAAACUCCUAAAUUAUUAGGAGUAAAAAAAUAUUCCCAAGCAGAUUUGGACGCUGCAGUUUUGGACAUUCGUCUCGGACGUUUAGGCACUCGCCGUGCCUCAGUUGUAUAUGGUAUACCUCGUUCAACAUUGCGUAACAAAAUUUACAAGCUUGAGGCUGCAGAUGAACUUUUGACUAGUGGUUUGGAUUGUAGCACUAAUAAUAAUAAUAGCCGACACAAACGUCUAGCUGCCUCUGCUUUAAACAAAAAAGAACGUAAACGAGUUGCGUCAACGUCAGUAUCCUCAUCGCCAAGAUUGAAGAAAGAAAAACAGCAGGAGGUUGAUGAAGGAAUAGAUCCUAGCAAUAGGUCUAAUGUUGAGAAGAAUUAUGCAUUGAUCUCUAAAAAAGGCGAGAAUCUAAAGGCGAAAAACGAGCAUUUGGAGUCUUCAUUAGCAAUUAAACAGCAACAACAACAAUUGGAUGUUUUAAUUCCAAGUGCUUCGACAUCAUUAACAGAUGGGAUGUCAGUACCAGCAAUAACUGCCGAAACUCUUUUCAAAGAACUUACUAGCCAACUUGGUCAAUUUGUUGGACAGGCUAAUAAUAUUGAACAACUUGCUAAUAAUAUUCCUACAGAACCCCAAUGUGAUUUUGACUUAGAAAAGUAUCAGGAGUUUGAUCCAAAAUGCAAAGGAAAGCGUCAAAAACGUGGACAAUAUCGUAAAUACAACAAAGAUGCAUUAGAUAGAGCAGUAACAGCUGUACGUAAUGGUGAGAUGUCUGUUCACCGUGCGGGUUCUCAUUUUGGUGUGCCUCAUUCAACGCUUGAAUAUAAAGUAAAGGAACGUAAUCUUAUGCGUAUAAAGAGUAAAAAACAGCACGGACUGCUUAGGUUGCCACCUAUUUUGACUGCAUCAACAGAUGCCUCGGGAAUUGUUCAACAACAACAACAGCAGAAUUCUCUAUAUUCUUUGCAGAAUAAUGGCAAUCCAAAUGGAGAAGGACAUAAAAAUGCGGAAGAGGAGGAAGAAGAAUCUUGUUCUCCUGUGACUGGAGAAAAUUUGCUUGGAACAAUGCUGAAAUCGCUUGUUUCUGCUGCUUCAGCAAAUAAUAGAGGAAAUAAUUUGUGUUAAUAUUAUUUUUCUGCGAUUUGAAAUAUGUAAUAGAGAUCAGAUCUUUAAGCCUAGAAAAAGAUUCUGAUAUAAGUAGCAGCGAUGUCACGGUUUGAGAAAAAGUUGGGUUUUGUAUAUCAAGCCAGAAAGAUUCCGGGUAUCGGGUACCCAUGACAUCCCUGAUAAGUAAUAAACCCGGUCUGAUCUCUAAUACUUUAAUUGAUAGUUUUUUUGCCUUUAACUGAUGAUUCGAUGUUCUAAAUGUAUCCUCCCUCCCCACCUUAUAUUUGUUACAAUUUGUUGCCACCAUGUUUGUAUCACAAUAUCCAAAUUUUUUAUUGUUACCAGGGAUUAUAUUUCUUGAC